AUGACCAACAUACCCCUUGUAUUACAUGAAGAGGUAAACAGAAGCCAAUUGGUAGCAGCAGGAGGAAAUGAUAUGAAGCAGUGUUUGGAUGAUGAGAGACAUGCUCUCCUUCUUUUCAAAGCUUGCCUUCAUGACCCUGAUGAACAUCUCUCCAAAUGGACAGCUGAAGGAGAUGACUGCUGUAACUGGAAAGGAGUCACGUGCAGCAACCAAACAGGUCAUGUCACAGGGCUUGAUAUCAAUGGAUAUUGGCUUGAAGGUGAGAUAAGCCAUUCACUGCUUAACUUAACCUACUUGUAUCAUCUUGAUCUUUCCUUCAAUUUUUUCAAUGGAACCAUUCCCACUUUCAUUGGUUCCUUGACUCGAUUAAGGUACCUUAGCCUUGGCUCGAAUGAUUUUAAUGGGACCAUUCCCAGGUCAAUUGGUUCUUUGACUCGAUUAAGGUACCUUCACCUUGGCUGGAAUCAUUUUAAUGGGACCAUUCCCAGGUCAAUUGGUUCUUUGACUCGAUUAAGGUACCUUAGCCUUGGCUCGAAUGAUUUUAAUGGGACCAUUCCCAGGUCAAUUGGUUCCUUGAGAGAAUUAAUCUUUCUUGACCUUUCCGGGAACUCUCUUUAUGGAACCAUUCCCACCUUCAUUGGUUUUUUGACCAAAUUAAGUUACCUGAACCUCGGUGGCAAUAAUCUUAAUGGAACCAUUCCCACCUUUAUUGGUUCCUUGACUGCGUUAAGUUCCCUUGACCUUUCUAUUAACUCUUUUUAUGGAACCAUUCCACCAGAGUUUGGAAACCUCACCAACUUGCAAGUGCUUUCCCUUAGAUAUGUUGGAGGCUGUAGGGUUGAAAAGGUAGAGUGGUUGUCUCAUCUCUCUCAUUUGGAGGAACUUGAUAUGGAUGGGAUUUCAUUAGCAAAAGCAGAUCAUUGGGUAGAUGCAAUUUCAAGUCUCCCAAAACUAUUUGAAUUAAGGUUAGAUGGAUGUGAACUGUCACAGGUCAUGUAUCCAUAUUCUUCAUUUCUCAACUCUUCUUCUUCAUCUAUUCAUACCCUUUAUCUCAGUGACAACAAUCUCACCUCAUCCAUGUAUCGUUGGUUGUUCCCAUUAACCAGUAAUAAACUGCAUCUUCUUGAUCUCUCAACCAACAGGUUAGAUGGAAUACCCAGAUAUCUUGGUAACCUCUGUAGUUUGGAACAGUUGUACUUCAAUGACAACUCUGCUGUUAUCAAAUUUCCUGUUUUUCUCAACAACUUGUCUGGAUGCACAUCCCUUUCAUUACAAUCCUUGUAUGCUACGGGAAGCCAAUUUACAGGGUCACUGUCCGAUGACAUCCAAAAGUUUUCAUCCCUCGGUACUUUGGACAUAUCUCAUAAUCACUUAAAUGGAAGUAUAAGUGAGAAACUGUGGGAACUACCCAGGCUCCGAACUCUUGACCUUUCUUUUAAUAAUCUUACAGUUCCUUCCCCAGAUCACUUGUCAAACAUCUCUUAUUUUCAGUAUCUUGAUCUGCGCUCUUCCAAUAUAGGGCCUCUCUUCCCCAAAUGGAUUCAGACACUCAAAAAUCUUACCUAUCUUGAUCUUUCCAAUUCUGGAAUUUCAGACACAAUUCCUCUAGAGUUUUGGGACAGCUGGCCUUCUCAAUUAGAAUAUCUGAAUCUCUCUUCCAACAACAUUAGCGGGAACGUACCAGAUUUAUUAUCAAAUUUUGCCAAACAUUAUUCAGUGAUAGAUUUGAGUUCCAACAACAUUUAUGGUCCAAUACCGGAUGUUGCUUCCACUUUGGCAUCAUUAGAUCUUUCCAGAAACAAGUUUUCUGGAGGAAUCUCGUUUAUAUGCCAAAUUGUUGAUGGGUUAUUAUCAUUUCUUGACCUCUCUCAUAACUCAUUAAUCGGACAACUCCCGGACUGUUUGUGGCGUUUCAAAGGACUACAAGUUCUUAAUCUUGGACACAACAAUCUCUUUGGACGGAUUCCUCCCUCUGUUGGAUCUUUGAUACAACUCAAAGUCUUGUAUUUAUACAAGAACAACUUCUCCGGAGAAUUGCCUUUGUCCUUAAAAAAUUGCACGAGUUUAAUCUCUUUGAAUUUGGGGGCCAACAAGUUUUCUGGUAAUGUGCCUGUCUGGAUAGGGAAAAACUUAUCGUGGUUGUAUGUUCUUAUCCUGAGAUCAAACAACUUCUUUGGAACCAUCCCUUUACAGUUAUGUCAGUUACCUAAUCUUCAUGUUUUGGACUUGGCAAUGAACAAUCUCCAUGGAAGCAUCCCCUCAUGUUUGAGUAAUCUUACGAGCAUGCUUCACCAAGGAGGAUUCUCACAAGAUGUAUACUUUCAAAAAAUUGUAAACAAUACUUCAUAUGGAUGGGGGAGAUAUGUUGACCAUGCAAUGAUUCAGUGGCAAGGAGAUGAACGUGAAUUCUUUAACACUCUGAAAUUGUUGAAGACCAUUGACCUUUGUCCUGGAGAUGAAGAAUCAGAUGCAACAUCGGUGAUUGGUAAAAGUGAGGGUGAUGGGGAAGACACAGAUGAUGAAUUCGAACUCUGGGGGAUGGUUUUAUAUUGGUGGGGGAAUGGGUUUUGCUACUGGAUUUUGGAUAGCAUGUGGCGCUUUACUUCUCAACCGUCGAGGGAGACGUGCAUUUUUUCAGUUUUAUGA